UGGACUGUCAUAGAAGAGGUGAGCAACUUUACUCAUUACUCAUUAAACAUUACUCUCCUUAUACCGGGACUGAGGAACUUCAACACUGGCUAGAUUCCUGCACAGUUGAGUGAUUUUCCAGCUCAGACCUGAGUUAACUCAUUAGAUUCAGCUGGUAUGUUUGCGCAGGGAAAUUAAUAAACUGUGCUGGACUUUGACCCUCAGUUUCCCAUACUUGCCUUAUACAUUGCAAUCAAUAUUGUUUUGUGGCUUUUUGAAAAUGAUUUCUGUUGAAAUGUAAGAUUUUUGGAAUAGAUCAAAUUGAAAGAGAGGGUGGGACAAAAUAUUAGUGCUUGCAGAGAGGCAGAGCACAGGAUAUCUACAGUAUAGCCAGAAAAGCAUAUAGAAGACAAAAAAAAAAACAGGUUCAUUGUAAUUCACAAAAAGGUGAGUUUAAUUGCCUUAUGUACCUUCAGUUUCAGUAUGAGGGAACUUGGACUUGAGCACAAACAGCUUUAUCACGUUAACAUUUCAACAUGAAAAUCUGUUUAAUAGCCCUGGAAUUCUUAUACAGUAGUUUAACACUUUUUUGUUUUAAUCUACAUAAGUACAAAAUGUAAAAUGCAUUAAAAUGCUAUUGUUUUACCUUUACUUUCAUGGGGAAAAAAUAUACUGCAUUACUGUGGUAUUAAGGCUCUCUUAUCUGUAGAAGGAUAAAGAUUAGGCUACAUUUUUGUCACUGAUAUAGAGCAAGGUACAGUAUCGAUAAAACAUUCAGCUGCAUUUUAUUGCGCAAUAAGUGAAACAGAAAGUUCAGGAGUCUCGGUGUAAAGACACUCCUUUCUUGAUUUCCCUUUAUAAACCCAGUUUCAGAAUUAGCUCAGUCAGAAUGGACUGUCAUAGCAGAGGUGAACAACAUACAAUUAUUCUCUUUAUAUCAGGGCUGAGGAACAUGGAGGCACUGGAGGGCCAGAUUCCAGUACAGUUUAGUGGUAUUCCUGCUCAGACCUGAUUCAACUAAUCAGGUAAUCAUCAGGUUCAGCUGCUGUGUUGUAGCAGGGAAAUCAACAAACUGUGCUGGACCCUGACCCUCAGUUCCUCAUGCUUGCCUUAUACAGUGUGAUUGAUUUUAAUCAAUACUGUAUUUGUGAGCUAUUAAUAUUUUAUAUCUGGCUAUUAAAUGAGUUAGUCAACUUAGAAAAGGAAAUGUAACUAUUAGAAUGUGACCAUGGAAUCAAACAAUCAUGUUUUGAUUUCCAGUGGGUGGGACCAAUUUUAUAACAACAAAAUGUCCCUCCAUCCCUUUAGGAAGGCUUUGGCAUGUCACUGACUGUGAUCAUGAGCUGUGGCCUUUAGGUUUAUGUCAACAUCUAGAAAACAAAGAUAGGCAGGUUUUCUAUGCCAGGGGUCUCUACAGAAGGAAUUGCCAUGAAACUGCAGCAUAUGAAAGACAUAUGUUACUAAACUUUCUGUUACAAACUUCAGAUAUCUGUGUUUAAGUUAAAGCCACCAUAAAAUGAUAAUGUGAACCUCUGCUAACUUGGCACUAACACAGAAACAAACUCCAGGAAUGUGCUAGCAGAAAUUAGCAUCAUCACAGUCAGAUGAACAAAGCUCCUAUUUUUAAAGUAGCUUAGAAAUGAGCAGAUACUCAUCCUUUUAUGACUACAUCUGGUUACAUGAAUAAAAUAACUGAAAUACUUCAUGUUACCACAUUUGAUUCAGGCUGUUCUUAGUGGUGCAAGCCAGACUGUUAGGCCAAUUACUUUUCUAAUUAACACACACUGGAAAUAAAUUUGCGCCUAUGAAUUAUGUGACUUAUUAAAUAUUAUUUCUGCCUUUUCAGACUUUCUUUAGUUACAGUGAUCAAAAUAUCCUUCUCUAGACUUCAUCAUGUGGGCAGAAGAUGAUUUGGAUCCAGGAGUGCCAUGUCUCGAGAGCUACACCAACCCUGUAGAUGGAAAAAUAUAUCUAAUGUAUCAUGGAACCUCUAGAUUUGCUGCUCAACAAAUCAUGGCUUAUGGCUUUAGGCCAUCUGCAGGAGGCAUGCUCGGGCCUGGUGUUUACCUCAGCCGAGAUCUUAAUAAGGCCAGCAGAUACCCACUGAAUCUGCCUGAACAUGAAAGAGUUGUUCUGCGGGUGUGGGCUAAUGUUUGGAAGGGUCAAAAAAAAUUGACCAUCAAGGUCACCCACAUGCAGAAGACCUGGCAUGCUCAUGGGUAUGACACUGCCUGGUGCCCCCCAGGGUGUGGCAUGGUUCCAAGUGGUCUUGAAGAAGACUGCGUGUGGGAUCCAAACCGUAUCCAGGUCAUUGAUGCAAUUUAUCCAAAUAUAGAGUAUCUGAUGCCAUGUCUCCAUAGCUACACCGAACCUGUAGAUGGAAAAAAGUAUCUAAUGUAUCAUGGAACCUCAAGAUUUGCUGCUCAACAAAUCAUGGCUUAUGGCUUCAAGCCUUCCAAAGGCGGCAUGCUCGGGCCUGGUGUUUACCUCAGCCGGGAUCUUAAUAAGGCCAGCAGAUACCCACUGAAUCUGCCUGAACAUGAAAGAGUUGUUCUGCGGGUGUUGGCUAAUGUUGGAAGGGUCAAAAAAAUUGACUAUCAAGGUCACCCACUGCAGAAGACCUGGCAUGCUCAUGGGUAUGACACUGCCUGGUGCCCCCCAGGGUGUGGCAUGGUUCCAAGUGGUCUGGAAGAAGAUUGUGUGUGGGAUCCAAACCGUAUCCAGGUCAUUGAUGCAAUCUAUCCAAAACCUGUGGCUUCUCGUGGAAAUUAUGGGGCUUAUUACUGAUCCUUAAUAUAUCACAAAUUCUUAUUACAUAAAUCACUGAUAAUGCAUUGUACUUACGGUAUGCAUUCCACUUACAGUUUGAUGGCAUAGAUGACUGUAAAUCAAUAAAAGAACUGCAAAUCUUC